CUAACACCGUCCCUCCCGAAAGCGGAUUCUGCUAUGACAGCUGGGCUCCCCAAGGGGUUAACCUGGGUGUCCUCGGCAAAGUUGUCGCCGAGCCGGGAGCCCGUUUAGGGGUCACAGCGCCGCGGCUCGGGGGCCGGCCGGGUGGCCGGCGGCGGCCGUGGCUCGGCGGGACCCGCGGGGCCGGGGGGCUUCUGGGGGUGUGCGCCCCCAGCCGGCUGCUCUCGUGGAUGCCUCCCGGCGGCGGCGGGCCCAUGAAAGACUGCGAGUACAGUCAGAUCAGCACCCACAGCUCCUCCCCCAUGGAGUCGCCCCACAAGAAGAAGAAGAUCGCGGCCCGGAGGAAAUGGGAGGUGUUCCCGGGGAGAAACAAGUUCUUUUGCAACGGGAGGAUCAUGAUGGCCCGGCAGACGGGCGUCUUCUACCUGACGCUCAUCCUCAUCCUGGUCACUAGUGGACUCUUCUUCGCCUUCGACUGUCCAUACCUCGCGGUGAACAUCACCCCCGCCAUCCCCGUGGUCGGUGGCAUCCUGUUCUUCUUUGUGAUGGGGACUCUGCUUCGGACCAGCUUCAGUGAUCCGGGAGUCCUCCCUCGAGCCACUCCUGAUGAAGCUGCUGAUCUGGAAAGGCAAAUAGAUAUCGCCAACGGCACCAGUUCAGGGGGGUACCGCCCACCUCCCAGAACCAAAGAAGUCAUCAUCAAUGGCCAGACUGUGAAACUAAAGUACUGUUUUACCUGCAAGAUUUUCCGCCCCCCUCGAGCCUCCCACUGCAGCCUGUGUGAUAACUGCGUAGAGCGAUUUGAUCACCACUGUCCCUGGGUAGGCAACUGUGUGGGGAAAAGAAACUACAGAUUUUUUUAUAUGUUUAUUUUAUCCCUGUCUUUUCUGACAGUCUUUAUAUUUGCAUUCGUUAUCACCCACGUCAUUCUUCGUUCACAGCAAACGGGAUUCCUCAAUGCCCUUAAGGACAGUCCAGCAAGCGUGCUCGAGGCCGUGGUGUGCUUCUUCUCCGUCUGGUCCAUCGUUGGCCUCUCAGGUUUCCACACGUACUUGAUCAGCUCCAACCAGACAACGAAUGAAGAUAUCAAAGGAUCUUGGUCCAAUAAAAGAGGUAAAGAAAAUUACAAUCCCUACAGCUAUGGAAAUAUCUUCACAAAUUGCUGUGUCGCCCUGUGCGGGCCCAUCUCCCCCAGCCUAAUCGACAGAAGAGGAUACAUCCAGCCUGACACGCCACAGCCAGCAGCACCAUCCAACGGGAUCACUAUGUACGGGGCCACGCAAUCGCAGAGUGACAUGGCCGCAGCCACUCCUCUGCUUCAGAGCGAGCCGAGCCUCACCAGUGAAGAGCUGCAUAUGCCUGGGAAGCCAGGCUUGGGCACCCCAUGUGCUAGCCUGACGCUAGGUCAGCCCACGCCACCCUCCUCCAUGCCCAACCUUGCCACCGAGGCCACGCUCUCGGACAUUAUGCCCCUGAAGGACGAACACGGGGGCCACCAGUUUCUGACCCCAGACGAGGCACCCUCACCGCCAAGGAUGCUGGGGGCAGGCAGUCCCUUGGCACACAGCCGCACCAUGCAUUUGCUGGGCCUGGCCAGCCAGGACUCUCUGCACGAAGACUCCGUGCGGGGCUUGGUAAAGCUCAGCUCCGUGUGACCUCAGCUCCAUGGGCAGCCCUGGGACACAGGUGACAAACAAAAAAACAGUGGACGUAGCCAAGUGGACAUUUUGUUUGGAAUCUGCCGGCUGGGCCAGGAGAAGGAGGACCCUCCGUAGGAGGAGCCUGGAAUUGGAAGAGGCUGCGUGGAUGCAGCACCCUCUGUCGGCUGCUCUUGGGACAGACACAAGGAAGGUUUUCUCGAUACUGGUGGCCAGACUGAAAUUGCACUUAAUGUAACGCUACUAAUUGAAAUCGACCCGCCAUUCCAUUUGUUCGUCAAAACAAAACGAAACAAAAAAUCCUAAAGGGAAAAGCCGACCAGACACGGGUUUGCAUGCCACACAUGUGUUCCAGUGGUGGUAUUCCAGAAGAAAUGCUGCUUUCUCUGUUUUACUUCCUCUCAUUCUUUUUAAUCUUGUGAAACUUUCCAGAGAGACAGACUGAGCCCAAUGGGCGAUGCCAUCCUGCGGUGGACUUAGCUGUAUGCGGAUGGACGUCCCCUGCCGCAGAGAGCUACCGGGGUCCGUCCUGCCCCAAGCAGACAUUUAACCUUCUGUCAGUGCUUAGAUGGGGUGUUGUAUUGUUUGGCAGUCCUCACCUCCUGUGUGAUGAACUUCCUGUGGACAGCCAAUAA